UUCGGAGCCCCACUGAAGUAGGGAAUGGGAUUUAUUUUGACGCCUGAAAUAUAGCCUUAGGCCCGACAGCAGAUAAGAAAUAUAUUGUUUCCUUUCAGCGCCUAAAACUGGCAUAUUCCUAUACUUCAGUAAUGACAAGUGGAAACAAUUGAUGCUGUCGAUAGUAUUCUAGUUGGAUAACUCUCUGAUGUGUUAUUAGAUCGAUUUUAAAAAUAAAUUUUUCAUGCGUCCUCAAACGGUGAUCACGCUAGAACUACGACUUCACUAGAGAGAAGAGUGAUAUAGAAAACCCUACUAGAUUUACAGGAGAAGAAAUAUUGAAAUCAGUGGGCCCAUUUAAUAAAUAAAGGUUUACAUUACAUACAACAACGCGGAUAGCCAUCUUUUUACUUGCCCAGAUUUUAAUACACGUGGCAUUGGUGAACUAUUCAAAAAUGGCAUUAACAGAAAAUAUUAAAAGAAUUUAUGUCUUCCUAAAGCGCAAAAUGCAUCAAGAAAAAAUACUCUUUUUGGUUGGUUACAGUCGCAGUGUUUUCUUUAAAAAAUACUUUAAAUUCGACUUUUUCUUUUCACAGAGGACGAGGAGACUAUGUCUUCCGGUCAAACUGAAUCACAUUACUCAUAUCAUGCAUAUGGAAGACAGCCGUAGUUUUCCUUGACCUUAGAUCCAUCAGCCUACUACCACUUUACUGCAUAUUAAUGUUCUAAUAAUAUAAAAGUUGGACAAAAAUAUUUCAACGACACUGUUGUUAGUUGAUCAUAAGUUAUUGUGUGCUAAACUAAAAAACGUUUGUUCCACCGAUCGAUCUGUAUUCUAUUUUUCAGUCUUUUUUUUAAGCAGUUUGUUAGAACCAAUGUCGGUAACGUUAGUUCGGGAGUACCAAAGAGUUCAAUUCUUUUCAUUUGAUAUGCCUAAGAAGAUCGAAUUUCCUCAAAUUGAUUCAUAUGCUGACACAAUUAAUUAUAGGUACGUCGACGUUAAUCGUAGGGAUAUUAAAAGUCUUUCUCAAUGUUAUAAAAACACAAUCUUAAGCCGAAUUCUAAAAAAACUAUAGGCUAUAAUUUUUUGUAAGAUCACAUUAUCAAUUAGAAAAUGAAGAUCUUAGAUCAGCUGAGGUAUAGUUGCCACAUUUCUAAUUUAUGUAAAAAAACUUAUAUAAUCCUGACAACACUGAAUGCAAAUAAACAUAUAAUCAAUUUUAAGGUAAGAAAAAAACUCUCUGAGCAAUGCAUCCUUCCAAAGUUAUGCACUGUCUUACAUUUCAAAAAAUUACAAAAAAUUCAGAACAGCUGUGCCCGAUUCGUUUAUUUUUUUGAGAAAGUUUGAUCGUAUAUCAGAAAAAAUAUUUGCGUUGAAAUGACUCAGAACUAAAUACUUGUUUCAAUUUUUACUCGCAUUUGUUGUAUUUAAUAUUCUUUCUCGACGUACGUGAAAGAUCGUUCAGUGUUUCGGUAUGGUAUUCACAAUGCUCCUCUAAGGAGGAAAAACGUUCUUCUAAAUUCUUGUAAAUUUGAACUCUGCUUUAGCUAUAACGCCAUUCAGCUUUAUAAUCAUUACAAUAAAUAUUUUCAGCCAGCUCAGUUCUAAUAUUUUGGAAAAAAUUUGAGGUCCAUUUAUUGGAAUUUUAAAAGUCUCUGUCCUAAACAUUUACGUUUUAUCAAUAACGAAUUAUUAGACUCUUAUUAUAUAUAGCUUGUUGUUUCAUUAUUCUUAUAAUAUUCAUUUAAUGUUGAGUAUUUUGUCUAAAUCUAAAAAUGCGAUGAUUCGUAAUUGAAAAUCUGUAAUAAACUACAUGGAGUUGCAAUUGCAUCUGACAACACUGAAGAUAAGGAAACCUUUGUAGAAAUAUAGGCAACUGCCAUGUGUAUACAAAAAAUGUAAUAUUGCAAAUAACGUGAAAAAGUCAAUGACAUUCCACUUAAAAUCGGCAUUAAUUUUUGGUGCACUGGGCACUUUUGCAAAGUUUUCAACUGCCUCUGCAAGAAGUGGUUUUUAACUAGAAUAUGAAAAAAUUAUGCUGGCUCGUACUUACAAAACUUUUUCACGCUGCCUAGGCAUUCUUAGUAGUUGACGCUUACAUUCUUAAAUAUCCUUCGAUAGUAUGCAUUUAGUUUUCUUUAAUUGAGGUUUAAAAGGGCACAAGUGUUGCACGUCCAUAGAUAUCAUAAUAAGGCAAAACAAUGGAAAUGCAAAACAAUUAAAUAGAAUGACUAUGGCUUAAUUAUUUAUGGCGAAAACAAAAUUACUCUCAAGCAAGCAGAGAUGCUUUCAAUGAUUUUUUAAAUUAUUUGUUAGAGAAGAUUUUAACAGAUGUCUAUUUUGCAGUAUUCAAAGAAUUAGAAACAGACUUUGACACACUAUGCAGCGAGAAUUAUGACUUAUUUUUACUUUUGCAUAUAAGUGAUCCAUUUUAUGAUGUAUUUCAGUUAAGGAGAAAUGAGCGAAGAUGCAAGGCAAAUUCAUAAUCAUGUGGCACAAAAAGUCUGCAAAGGGCACGAUACAUAAUAAGCAGCAUAUAAAACCCUAAUCGCUCUCUUUUGUAGUUUAAAAAUGGUCUGUGCUGCAGUACUGUGUCCCCACGAUGGAACGGUAUAUGAAACUUUGAAUGUAACAGUGCAAAAUAACAGGCUUUAAGGUUGUCGAAAUUUAUAUAGAAUCACAGUCUUAUUAAACAUAUCAGACUGGAUAAAGUUUUAGAGAGCUCAUCUCUAUUGUUUGCCUACAAUUUGUCAUCUAUAAUGUUACCUACCGCUCAUAUUAGGAAUCAUUUUGUCGCUAGCAGAACUGAUCAUCACUUCUAUAAUACUGUGCUACACAAUCAUGCAAUUUCUCAUAUUCGCUUGGAGCUGCAAUGACGUUAUUAUCCAAAUAAGCAUCUAGUAGCAGCUAGUUUAAAUAAAUAUUUUAUAAAAAACUUUUAGAGUAUGGAUUUGUCCAGUGGCCUCUUCUAGUUGCGCAUAUAAUGACUAUGAGAUGUCAGAAGUCGCUGCACUUGAUGACUGGGCGGUUUGGAGUCAUGGAAUUGCAAUUUUUCCUUCGCACGCCCCUGAGUCCGACACCCGACAUUUUGAACGCGCCUUGUAUUCCUCUGCAUUAUAAAAUGUUACAUUAGAUGGUUAAUGAUUGCGGCCGGCAUUUGGAGAUUAGAAAUUAAAGAGUUUUCGACUUCGAAAAAGAGAUUUUACAAUUUUUAUUCUGUGAUCAUACAGCUGAUCUGCACUUCGCCGAUAAUUUCGGUAACGCUAGAUGUUCCGGCCCUAAUGGAAGCUGAUCAAGCUUCAGCUUUUGGCAACAUCGGCCUUGCGGUGUUCCUCGCGAUGAUAAUCAGCAAAAUGUUAAUGUGCCAGUCGAAGCCUAUUCUGAGACUGGUUAAAGUUGCCUUUCAGAACGAAUUCCAAAUGAUCUAUAACGUAAAUGCAGAUGUAGCAGCUAUAUAUAAAAAGCACAUUAAACUCAAUAAUUUCUUCAUUACGCUUCUUGUUAUGUACAUAACAAUUAUACUAGUUAGUGUGAUUACAUCGGGUGAUGUCCAUUGCUACCAGUACUUAAGACAAAACCAAACAGUUAAACCUAUGCUGGUGAAUUAUUGGUAUCCGUUCGACACCAACAAAUACUACGCGCUAGUGCUAAUAGACCAGAAUAUCAGGCCGACGCUGGCAGCUUUGUGCACGGCUAUUGUAAACGCUUUUGUAAUUUGCAUAAUCAUCUUCGUGAGAUUGCAGCUCAAAUUAUUACAAUACAGCUUUCGGAAUUUCGACAAGCUAGAGUUGCAGGGCUUGGAUGGUCCAACUAUGUUAAAACUAAUCUGUGUUAAACACCAGGAACUAAUUGAAUAUACCGUGGAACUAAAUCAAUCUUUCAAUAUAAUAAUAUUUAUUGAUUAUAUGGUGUCUUCUAUUACAUUUGCUGCUCAAAUUCUACAGAUCAUUGGAGGCGUCGAACCAAUUUUUACUUCUGCUAUUCUGUCUUACACAAUCAUACAACUACUUAUAUUCGCCUGGAGUUCCAAUGAGAUCAUCGUGCAGAGCACGGAAUUGGCUAGAGCCCUCUUCGAGAGCAACUGGUACGACCAUGACAUCAACAUUAAAGCUAUGGCCCACAUAAUGAUGAUGAGAUGUCAGAAGCCGUUGAGCCUUAUGAUUGGUAGGUUCGGAGUUAUGGAUUUGGACGUCGGGAUUUCGCGUCUGAAAUUGGCAUAUUCUUACACAUCCCUCAUGAGAAGUGGAGAUUGAUCGUCAACACUAAUCGGGAUUCAAUUCAGAUCGAUUCAAUACCAAUAUAAAUAUCUAU